AUGGCCACGUUGAGUACCGGAGAGACCUAUGCAGAGCGAUUCUGGGGACGAAUGAAAAGGGAACCACUCAUCCCGGCCGGACUGCUUCUUACAACAGGCGUAUUCGGUGGCGUUGUAUACCAUGCUCGAAAAGGCAAUCAAAGACAGCUGCAGCUCUGGAUGCGAGCACGAGUAAUCGCACAGGGUCUCACGGUCGUUGCCAUCGUCUGGGGGUUCUAUCGACUUCAGCAAGAUUCAGUCAAGUACAACGAGAAGCUUGCGCUGGAAGUGGCCAGGGUGGAUGAAGAAAAGGCUAGGGAACGAGCAGCGUUCGAGGAGAGACUGCGAGAGGCGGAGGUAACGUACGAGGCUGAAGCUCGUGCUGCAAAAAGCUGGUUCGGUAGCAAGGGUGGUGACGCAGCGACACCGACUGAAGGCUCUGGCAAACGGUGGUACCAGUAUUUGGGCUGGUCGCGGUCGACGCCCAAGUCGGAUUCUGAUGAAAAAGCCUAG